CCCGGGCCAGGGGAGGUGGUGUGCCAGGUAUAUGUUGUGGGUGCGUGUACGUGUCUGUCUUACAUGCUCAGUGUCUGUAUGUGUGCCAUGUCGUGUUGUGUGUGCCAGGUCGAUGUGCCUCCCCAAACAACAAAGGGCCGCGAUCUUGAAGAUGUACUUGGGGGACCAGAGCAUGCCUGAGCUUCACCAUACAUGUAUACAUGAGACCCCGAGUGCCCGUCUUUUGGCCCGUCUCACCUGCUUGCGCUUUUACCUUACCGAAGCGGUCUUCCACCCGUCUCUGGACAACUUAGAGUCUCUGAUAGGUAGGCUCUUCUGCAGCCUUACCGCCCGGACCUUCUCCUAUCCCCAGCGACGUCUGCUGCCCACGGAAACAGCGGUCGCUGGGGCGGAGGGUGCUCUCGGUAAUAUUCCUGAAGCUUGAAAGAGCUUCGUAGAGUAGAAAAUGUGGUCCCGAGGGGAAACAUCGGCUUUCAGGGUUUGACUGACAUGGUAGCCCGAUGGAGAUGACCAGUGAGGCCGAGGAGGCUGAUGAUCCAGAGGGCCGUCAGCCCUUGUCUCCUUAUCAGAUUCUUUCUUCCCCUUAUCUUUGUCUUUGUCUAAUCGGUGUCACCGGGCCCCCCGCAGAAGGUUCCCCCUGGAUUUGUGAUAUUGCGGGAAUCACUCUUUUGGUUUUCUGGGAGGUUUGCGAGGUUUCAAAAGCAAGUCCAGGGGGUCUGGACACCAAUAUUAAGUGAUUUGGGAGUUUUGGUGUCGCAGGGACUUUUCCAUGUGUCUUUGUGAAAACUAGGCACCUCGCUCGAGAGACCGCCCAUAAAAGAUCGCGAAAAGCCCUUUUGCUUGAUGAAUGAAUUUGAAAGGUGUGUGUACUGGCUGUGCCAGAUAGCCAUCCAGAACAGCCCUGGCCCUGGUGUCUCGCAGCCGCUCGGCGCGCAGGGCGUCUGUUUUACUCUCUUCGAGUCCCGAAGUAAAAUCCCUUACAUUUUCACAUCAUUCACGUCCAGAAACGAUCCCCCAGAGGAAGAAGCUGAAAAAAGAACGCCAAUGCGUGGGCGAUUUUUUUUUCAUCACUUCGUUUAGUUUAUCUACUUUGUUCCCGUGUGCUUGUCCAUUGCUUUACGUUGUCCGAUUUGGAGGUUCUCUAAGUAAUAUCCUAAGACCCACCUCAGGCCGUACCUAAACCCUAAACCCUAGAUCGGGUUCCCCGGGGAAACCUCAAUUUGAUACUGGCAGACCCUGAUACUGGCCGACCCUAAUACAAAAAAGCUUUUGAGCCCUACAAGCCCUUGACUAUUUUUGACAGUCCAAACGCCGCAGGCAAUAACAUAUACACAUGGCUCUUUUAGAGACACAUAAAGCCCUUCCACGCACCGAGCCCCUACGAGCGGAACGAGUCACGAGCGCAGCGAAUGGGGCUAGCGAAAGAGGCCCAUCGUUUCGACAAACAUAUUGCUCGAAAGAAAGGCGGGCAGUACUUGUUGCCUUGUUACUUAUUGCGCGUUCAGCAUCACCUGUGGUCAAAAAGCGGCACCAGGCAGACAACGGACAAAAAGGUGGGCUUAAGCGACUGGCUCGGCACGGGACGUCCUUAAGUAUGUGGUUUCCUGUCUUUGUAACCAGCCUCCCUGCUUUCUCUCUGUGUUCCCGAUGUUGAUGAUCCUUUUUUUGCGGGCAGGAGAUUUGCUGUAUGUCGGGCAGACGGAGCAUCCUCCAUGCCUGAGAACCUUCCUCCUUCAGUCCGGCUAUCGAUCUCUUCCACGUCACGCCCAUCUGAAAAGACGCAGCCUUUCCCCAUAUUCUAUCUGGAUUCCUUCACAAGUAGCGCUACCUUUCAGCUGGUCAAUGAGGAUCCUAAGCGCAUGUCGGGCAAGCUUUACCCGAAGCUGUAUGGCGAUGUUGAGGCGUUCACACUUGAGGCGUCUGGAAGCGACGGACAGUACAUCGAAAACAUCGAGCCGAAGAAGAGUGUCAACAUCACAGUCACGUACAUCGCGGUCACGUGGAAAGGCGAGCAGCUUCGAGAAGAAGCGGACACUCAGCAGGAUGAUGGCGGCCAUGGGCCGGAAACCAAUGCUGCCUUCGUCCGUCUCCGAAAUGACGUGAGUGCCACCGACCUCCACACAGCAUUAGCCACUCGCCCGCUCCUCAUUUUGUGGUCUCAGGUGUGGCUGCUGCUGGUGGGGAGGAGUGAGCCUCCGAGCGGGGGGCCUACAAAUUUUGCAAAUUUAACCUUGCUGCCUACGGAAUCCCUCUCCAGAUGGCCCGAGUGUCCAUUGUUUCUGGAGACAUGCAAUUCAUCUAUCGAACGAAUUGUUACCGUAGGGAUGGGGUUCCAUACGACUCAGGUGCGUUCUGUCGCCUGGCAUGUCACCUUGACGCAUUAUCUUGGUCUGUCUUUUCAUUCUCGCUUAGCAUUCACCUGUUCUCUAUCACGGCCCCUUGGGUGCAGAUGUCAUGCUUACUGCCGUUGUACCUCGCGGCUCCGAGCCUGUGUUUGUUGCCCAAGAAGUGCUACUCCACCCCGUCGUGAAGAUGGACCAAGCAACUGCUAUCGAUUAUGACGGCGACGGAGAGGAGCAACUUCGCUUCGACGUAAGUGAAGCUUUUGGUACCUGGGCACAAGCACUGCGCCUGCUUCGUCUGCUGUGGUGCAGGCCACCGGCUCGCAUACCCAUGAGUGGGGGAACAGUGUAGUUGCAUACACAUUCAUGUUAGACGAAUCCAUUUACGAACACACAGUAAGUCCAAUUUGAGGAGCCCAUGGGCUUUUGACCUCCGUAUUGGCACGCAGGAAUGCUAUACUGAUGAGAGCGCCUGUGUACGGGAGUUUUCCGCGUCGCUCAAGAUCGGUACCCACACUGCCAGCCUGACUAUCGGUGACAGGAAGGGGCGCCUGCUGUCGGGCGAGAACCAUGUCGUCCACGUGGCUUCGGUGGACGAGAUUCCAGGGUGUGCUCUCUCGCUCUAUGCUGCACAAGAUGGACAUGAUGGUGCCACGUCCGACAUGUCCAGAUGGUUGGGAAGCGAUUCUGAGCCCAUCGUUGGCGCACCCUUGCGUCAGGGCGAGGAGAGUCCUCUGCCGCCUCAGUGGGUUACGUCGAGUAUCAAUGACCGACCAGGCGGACAUGAAGACACCCCGCAAAAGUCAUGCCUCGUUUUCCCGGACGGAGCCGAUGCAUUUUUUGAUUCCCGAUUCAAAAGCAACAUCAUUAUACGGGCGUUGGUAGGAUGGAAGAAACACACUCACCGACACAAUUACUCAUUGGCAGACGCCAUCAGAGACGGUAACCCUCAUUGUGGAGACCCCCGUUGUUUUCCUGUGUUGUGCUGGUUCUCAGGGGACGAUUGAAAUUCUGGAUGGGUCGUCUGACUGGAUGAUGCUGGAGGUAAAAGGAGGUGACAAUUCGGCUGUGUGGAUCCAAGGCAAGGAGACGCAGGAUGGCUCUCGCACAGUCAGCCUGUCUCAACAGGGCACAGAUAACAGAGCCAGCAACAACCGAGUGAGUUUCGAGGUUCGGUGGCUUGUCGGCGAGGCAGGAUCAUCCCGAGACGGAGUGUGGCUUGAGGUCAAAGGAAAGCAUCACUGGCGCAUAGUGCAUAGCCAGAGGUACCAUGAAAUCUACAAUGCUUGGGCAGCGCGAAUGGAUGCAGGAAGCACUUCUUGAUGAGAUGCAGAGAUUGGCCCCCCUUCGUUAACAAAGUGACUCCCGAUGUGAUUCAACCAAAACGCGGGCAAGAUGUAACAAUUCAAGGAGCAGGCUUCCUCAACCCUGAAGUAGACGCGGGAAGGAAAGCGAAGCAAAAGCUGCAGCUUGGCCCACGCGUUCGUGACUCCUGGUGCAGAGUUUGGAGAACGCGACGCUGCUCCUAAACGGCAUCGAGGUGAAGCUCGACGAUCAAACGGACAGCAACAGCACGGAACCGGGGAUACUUGAGUGGACUGGAACACGAAUCAACUACCGACCACAUCCGGUCAGCAUGUGUAGCAUCUUGCGCUGGCAGCAAAUUGCCCAGGUCACGCUGAGUUUGUGUUCCCUUCAGACCACUGAGGACACGGCGAGCGGCAUUCAGAUAAGGACGGCAAAGGGAACCUCCAACCUCUACCCUGUGAAAGUUUCAGCAGCAGCGCAGAUGAGAGACGUCAAGUACGGACAGCCAAAAACGCUUCUAACAGGUCUCUUCGACUUACUCCAGGAGAAUACGACAGAGGCAGAACGGUUGCAACAGCAAGAGAGAAAGCUUCUCAGCCCCUUCCUCCGGGGAGGUCUCGGCCUGACGGGGGACUGGGGCCCAGAUGCGAAGACCUUCUUCGUCGGCACAGCACAAGGGAAGCUCAUGAGUGUGAUGUUCACCAGUAACGACGAGAUAGAUCCGCGGUCCUUGAGAGUCUAUGACACGAUCCGUAGGGCGUACCCGGAGGACUCUCUUAUUGGCAUCGCCUGUGUGUGGCAAAACCCAGCACAAAAGGAGGGGUAUACAGCGGAGUCUUGCUAUCUGUUGCGUUUGGCCUCAGUUGAUCCACUUCGCGACCCCCUCGACCCGCACCUUUACGCGGCUCACGCACCGAUCUACUAUUGGGUCAAGCAAAAAACGCAGCAGGCAGCAAGACACAGGGGAGAAGCGUGGCCGUGUUUGUUCAGUGGAGGAACGGAGUCCAAUGCUUCAAAGGCGAGAAUGACUAUGCCGCUUUUUUGGGGAAGAUCUCUAGGCUGUCUGGACCGAACUUUGCAACUCUAGAGACGCUCGUCGAGGGCCUUCCCAACGGCAAUGGUGACCAUAGCAUGAAUGGCAUACACUUUGACAACGAAGGCAACCUGUACGCUAACGCUGGGUCACAAACAAAUGCGGGAUGGCCGGGUGAGCUAUCACUUCCAAGAGGGGUGUUUUCAUACCGCUCUUGCCUAUGUGUCGCUUUGUUGCCAGAUUGCGGGUUGGGGCGUAGACAGGAACCAUCCGGGGUGAGUGAAGUGUAUUACUAUUCAUUUUCAUGUGCCAUUUAGGCUUGGCGGCUUGCCAGAGUCGCAUCUGACGGGUUCGGUGCUCAAGGUAUGCAUGGAGCUGACGAUGAUUAGGCACAUGUCUUUUCAUUCGCCUUCGACUUUGUCAUAGAUAGAGGUUCACAAUCCUGAUCUGAGCAGUAAGAUUGAGUACGUCUACUACAAAACUCGUGAACCCGUGGAGAAUCCGAAUCAGGUGCGAUGGCCUACGCUGUCUCUUAGCAGCUGUCCCUCAUCUUCAGGUCGAGGGAGACCGCUAUGACCUGGCAGAUGGCAUUACGGGUAUUUCAAUCUGGGCGACCGGACUGCGGAACAACUAUGACUCCACUUACUCAACAAAAGGUCUACUCGUAGCGAGACUCCUGUAGCACUAGCACUAAAAGACACAUGCAGAUAGACGGAUGGAUUGGUAUCAUCCAUAUGCCUUCAGGCGAAACCUACGUCAUCAUGAACGGUCCGAAUUCGUGGCUUGGCGCAUCUGUAAACGGCGAACCAGAAGACAGAGGCUGUACAGCAGCAGACUUUGACACAUGGUAUUCGUGUAGAGCUCAACGGGGCAACGUUUGUAUCUCCGUACAUGAGCCGUCUUGUAGGGAUGAGAUUUACCUUGACAAUGUCCGGAAUCCGCUUUUUCUCCCCAAACCUUAUACUGUGCCAAAAGGGGAGGAACCCAAACAAUGUCAGCCAGUGAUAGGCCCGCAAUUUGGAGGUCCCGACAGGAUAUUCAGAACGUCCGAGGGCGCUCAUCAUGGCCACCCCAAUCCAGCACGAGCACGCAACACCGGUGACACAAGGCAGUGGUAGGUAUAACACUCACAGCAUCCCGUCUCCAAUCACUGUAAGCCCAACGAUGAUGUGAUCGGAAGGCACCACCAUGUCUUGAGGCCCAAUAUGGAAUACACCCCUGGAUGGGAAAUUCCUUCGUCAACAGUAAGUCGUUGGGAGCACCAUAGACGGCAACUUUCUUGCCCGCUGUGCAUGUCGCUGCCUGACUUGUCAGACUGGAGUAACAGAGUACCGGGGGACGUGCUUCGGCGGCAAGCUCCACAACGACAUCCUUGUUUCGAGAUGGAAGCAAGGCAUUUACUUCCUUGAUCUUCGGCAGGAGGAAAUAAGGUGAAACACUCAUUUCAUCAGUGAUGACUGGCUGAAAGAUCCAGCGAACCAUGUGUCGAUGCAUCUUUCUGCCUCCAUACAGGACCCUGACAGACGACACAGGGAAGAACCUUGACAUUGUCUACGGCCCCGGCUGUUCGAUAAUGAUUGUCUCUUUCGACAAGGAUGAGCUGGCCCUUAUCACGCCCGACGAGGAAGCGCUGGAUAGCUUCGAAACGAAGGAAGUAGGGGCUGGCGCGGCUGUCAUUUACGACAUCCUCCCGUGGAGGGCACCUAGAGAGUAGGCUCAUGCUGAGGCUCAUGCUGUGGCCUCAUUUAUGCACGACCUGCCAUUUGCACGACCUGCCAUUUACGUUGCCGCUGUUUCUUGUCAUGUAACCCACUUAUCUGUCAUUUUCAGGUACGACGCGCCUUUCACAAUUGGGGGACGCAGGUUUACGAGAGAGAAAAAGCCAGCUGCGGUUCGCAUAGGUGGCGUCGAGGCCGAAAUAAGUUCGUAUGAUGACACCCGCAUCGAAGGGAUUGUUCGAACAGGGCAUACGGGCGAUAAGCCCGCGAAGAAACUCGUUGAUGUUGAAGUCAUUUUCUCUGAUCACACAACAGCACUUCUCAAAGAAGCGUUCAUGUUUCUCAAUGCACCUCCGCAGUCAGACCCUGACUUGUAGUUAGAACGGACUGUUGAAGCACUAUGUCUUCAAGCACUAGCGUCGACACGGUUGGAGUCAGCUUGGAGAGACGGGAGAAGUUGCUGGCUGAGGUAUGCGGAAAUGAUGGCUGCAGUGUUCAUUCAUUCAUUCAUUCAUGCGUCACUCACACGAGACGAGUACAUGUUUGCUGCUGUUUUCUUCCGUCGGGGCAGACAGGUAGAGUGACUUGCAAACACGAAUCAUGAUCAUUUGUAUCAUCUAGGCCGCCG